AUGCAACUCCACAUCGCAAUGAUAUUAUUGGUACACGUUCUGGUUGCCCGGUUCGUCACUUAUGCUGACGUUGAGGAUGGUCCAAUUCCUUGGUGGCUUGAAAACGUAACAGCCCCAGCCGACGUUCCUUUGUUGAAUUAUCCGAAUCACGUCAAUUGGUCUAUUUCUAACUUGUACAAUGGUAACUGGUCUGUGCCGGCGGAUGCAACCUGCACCAAUUGCACCGGGAUUUUACGGCUGAAGAGAAACGACGGACGAAGGGGGGUGUUUCUAGGGAAGGCGUACUUAUCUAUAUCGGACACGACAUUUACGAUUAGUGACUACCAAAAGGCCAUUUAUAACGAGUACUUGAACAAGUCUUUUGUCUCCUCGAAGACAGCCACUUCAGAAACCUUUGCCAGCGAUAGCACAAACUUUACUGGCCCGUGGAACAAUACCAGAAGAGUCAAAUUAACUUUACAGAUCGUGGAUGGGAGCUAUGAUAGUGACUCGACUUCACUGCUUACCGCGAUUGGAUACUAUUUCCCAGAAAGACAGCGCUGCGUAGCAAAGGGGAUCCUGUCCCAGGCCUUCAAAUCACCUCAGUUUUCGCUGAAUGAUACGGAUCUAGAGCAGUUAAAAAGAGUGGUUCUAGACGAUGCACUGCCCUUUCCACCCGUGGACAACAUCUCUACUUUCGACGCAGGUGCAGAGGAUGCUACGACUGGAAAGAAGUCGCGCAUUUCGAAAAGUAGGUGCACUUUCGAUAUCUGGUUCAGUCUGGAUUACACAACCAGGCCAUACGUCGAUACAUACUUUUACACUCCAGACACGGAGGCAUCACUGUCUCGGCGAGAUUAUUACACGACUAUUGUACAUGAUAAAGGGAUAAUGUAUAAUACUAGCAAUCCAGCUGAGAUUUCUGCAUACUAUCUGCAACAGUACCCGUCAACGGCUCGCAAAACAUACAUAUUACGGCCAGCCAAUGGCCCAGAAACAGUUUUUGUUCCUCACUUUGAUCUACAUCUCUUUAGCAAGGAGUGCGCUGUCAACGUAACUUUGGAUGGAAGCGUGUACAAUGGGGCAAAGGAGAUCAAAAUUGGCCUUGCUUUCUUUACAGGGCUUCUCAUUCUUCUAUGCAUGUCACUACUGGCCGGGUCUUAUCAACAGUUUGUUCUCACCUCUAAUGCACAGCUGACGCGUGUUUCGUCCUUGGCCAUCUACACCUUAACUAUAUCCUCCUUCACCCAUUCAAUUGCGCUCAUAGCCCUGUCGGCGCUGUUUCCUUCACUUCAGUACUUCUUUUUAAUGACGGGAUCCAUCGCCUUUCUAGAGUCCACUAUCACAAACGUUCCCAUUUGUGCCUACAAAUUCGUCUCAUGGUAUGAGCGCCGCCGCGGCUACCAAAACAAUUUUCUUUUAAUUAUCUUUCUUAUCUUUCUGAUUAUACUGAGCGCGUUACCAAUCAUUUGGGGGAUGUUUAUGCCCUUUUGGACUAAUAUCUUCCCCGUUCUUUUGCUCUUCUCACACUGGAUCAUCCAGUUUGUGUUUAGACUCGUGAAAAGGUUUGCUACUGGACCUCUUCUUAGCACAUAUAUCAUCUUCAAUACUCUUCCAAAAGCGUAUACCGCUGCAUAUAUCCUUGGAUUCCCGAUUAACUUCAUGGAUUUGGAGUCACAGGAGAUGUUUAUGUGGAUUAUAGUUUUCUAUGUUACAAUAUUCUGUGUUCUUCUCUGCCUUCAGAACGUAUUUGGCUAUGACCUUGGUCUAAGAAAGUUGUGCUGCAAGAAAGGACUCAUGGACAGCUAUGGGUCCACAACAACCAUAUACAAAUAUCACACACGCAUUAUAACAAUGCCAAUGCUUAAAGAGAGCAGCCCAAGUACAGUCUUGGACCUACGGAACUCGGCGGAGUGUAAGAAAGACAUCCUAGCCUAUGUACAUGCACUGGAGCGCCCAUUUCUGUUUUCGUUCGAAGAAAGCUCAAAGAUAUCUACGCACGACGCUGACCAGUCGCCAAGCCCUGUUAAUCUCAGCGCCUCUAAUGAUAUCAUAAGCUGCGCGUCUAGCAUUGUCACUGAGCCUUCAAAGUGGUGCAUGAAUCCCUAUCACCCCCACAGUGCAUUUUACGACCCGUCGGUGGUCUUUUCGCAGCUGUUUGGUGCCAAGCUUUGCCCUUGGUUUGCAACUAUGGAUGUAGAUCCAGCCUCAAUCAAUCUAGAGCAAGAUACAAACUGCUUCUAUAUUAACGAGCUACAAGUCAUAAGCAAGUUGUUCUUAUGCUCCAUCUGCCUAGAACACAUAUCCCUGCAGCUUCUAACCAAUAUUAACACCGUUUUGAUAUUCAAAGAAGGCACACUCACGUUUCGAGCAGAAUAUGCCGCUGCAUUAAUAUUUACAUCUACACAACGACGUGAGGAAGAUCCUGCAUUGGUUGCUGAGACUGCCACCAACUCCAGCGAAACAAAGGACUAUGAACUCUGGAUAACACCAUGCGAUCACGGAUUUCAUAAGAAAUGUUUGCUGAAGUGGAUAGAACAGAACUUAACAUGCCCAAUAGACAGAAAAGCAAUUCCUGAGUAUAUAAUCGUAUGA